CUCAUUGCCUUGUUGCCGACAUGUUCUUCCCUUGGGCAACAGACAUCGCCGCCAAGCUUGGGAUACCCAGGCUCCUUUUUCAUGGCACCAGUUUCUUCUCUCUUUGCGUCUCGAACCACUUGAAUCGAUAUGCACCUCAUGAGAACAUUAAAUCCGAGACCCAAACCUUCAUUGUUCCAGGUCUUCCUGACCAGAUAAAGCUGACGAGGUCCCAGUUGCCCGAACACUUGAAAACACCAAGCGAGCUGAGCAAUUUGCUUCAACGCAUCAGAGAAUCAGAGGAAAAGAGCUAUGGUGUAUUGGUGAAUAGCUUCUAUGAGUUGGAGCCUGCUUAUGCUGAUCACUACACGAAAGUCUUAGAAAGGAAGGCAUGGCACAUAGGCCCUGUUUCACUAAGAAACAGAGACAUUGUGGACAAGGCUCAGAGGGGAAACAGUGCUCCCACUGACAACCAGCAGUGCCUGAGUUGGCUCGAUUCAAAGAAACCCAAUUCCGUGCUGUACGUGAGCUUCGGUAGCGUGGCCCGUUUCACUGCUUCUCAGCUGCUUGAGAUUGCUAUGGGCCUCGAGGCUUCUGGUUACCCAUUCAUUUGGGUUGUGAGAUCGAAGGAUGAGAGUGAACAGAGGUGGAUGCCAGAAGGGUUUGAAGAGAGGAUUGAAGGGAAGGGUUUGAUAAUAACGGAUUGGGCACCUCAAGUUUUGAUCUUGGACCAUCCUGCCGUUGGAGGGUUCGUGACCCAUUGCGGAUGGAACUCGGCGCUUGAGAGCGUGAGUGCGGGGGUGCCCAUGAUCACUUGGCCUUUAUUUGCAGAGCAGUUCUAUAAUGAAAAGCUGGUAACCCAAGUGCUGAGGGUAGGAGUGAGUGUAGGGGCUCAUGGACAUGGUGCAUUUAGAGCGGAAAAGGCAGCAGUGGAGAGAGAUGACAUAGAGAAGGCUGUGGAGCAAUUGAUGGGUGGUGGAGAAGAAGCAGAGCGUAUGAGGACUCGAGCUAUGGAGCUCAAAGAGAUGGGGAGAAGAGCUGUCGAAGAAGAAGGGUCUUCUUAUACCGACUUGACAGCUUUGCUUGAGGAGCUAAGGUUUCAUCCACGGCCGGCAGUCUAGAAUCUAGAUUAAAUUCCAAUUUUUUUUCUGCUCUGCGCUUGAAUGGAUUUAGAUAAGUGAUAAUCUGUUUCUAACCAUCCCGGUUACAAUAGAUUCUUGUAACCCUUUCUU